GCUCUCAUUAACUCUUAUUUUAUCCUUAGCUCCACGAAAUGAAGCUCCAAGGAUUCGAAAACGUUUUGGCAAGCCUCUUGGUGCUGGCCCUUCUCGGUGUUAGUGGCGCUCAAGCUUGUGGAGAGCCUGGUGCAGGGUGUUCCAGUGAUGCUGAUUGCUGCAAGAGAUGUUUCUCAGAUGGUACAUGCCUUUGAUUUCGGGUAAGGAAAUCACUUCGUUAUCGUGAGCGUGCUUCAUAGUGUCUGG